GGGGAUGCGGGUGAAGUUGUGUCACCUGGCUGACAAACAGGAGUGGACACAUCACAAACACAGGGUCCAGGAGGACACGACUCUUCAGGAUCUGGAGUCUCUACUCAACAGCAAGAUUGGCCAGAAAGCUUUCCUCUGGUUCCUGCAGUCUGAGUUCAGUGAGGAGAACCUGCAGUUCUGGUUGGCCUGUGAGGAGUACAGGGUUACCCCCCCAUGGCAGCAGGGGGCCAAGGCCCAGUCUAUGUACUGCCAGUACAUCAACCCUGGUUCACCGCAGGAGGAGGCUCCACUGAGAGUGAUGGAGGAGCCUGCAGGCGACAUUCCACGCAGGCCCAACAACACGCCUACCACCUGA